GCAGCGCUGUCAUGUGACAUACAGAAGGCGUGAAGUUACACGCAGCCGCGGCGCACAGUCUCCAGAGACCUGGUCUGACAGGAUGGGGCAGACCGUGUUUGCGGUGAUUGUUUUAUUUUUCAUUUUGUCGCUGGGUUUUUGCUCUUGUCACAAUUAUGUCCUGGACGAUAAAGUGGGACUGGGGAGAGUUUUUGACGGAAUUGGAGGUUUGAGCGGCGGAGGGGCGACGUCUCGGUUACUGGUCAAUUAUGCAGAGCCAUACCGCAGCCAGAUACUAGACUACCUUUUCAAACCAAACUUUGGAGCCUCUUUGCACAUACUGAAGGUGGAAAUUGGAGGAGAUGCUCAAACUACAGAUGGAACAGAGCCCUCUCACAUGCACUAUGAGAAUGAUGAGAACUACUACCGAGGCUAUGAGUGGUGGCUUAUGAAAGAAGCCAAGAAGAGGAACCCAAACAUCACACUCAUAGGUUUGCCCUGGGCGUUUCCUGGUUGGGUGGGCCAUGGUAAGAACUGGCCGUAUGACUUCCCAGACAUCACUGCAGCAUACGUGGUGAACUGGAUCCUUGGUGCCAAGCAGUACCAUGACCUUGACAUCCAGUAUGUUGGGAUUUGGAAUGAGCGAAACUACGACAGCAAGUACAUCAAGCUGCUGCGGUACACUCUGGAUAAAAAUGAUCUGGAGAGGGUCAGGAUCAUAGCCAGUGACAACCUGUGGGAGCCCGUUGCCCUGUCUCUGCUGCUAGACCCCGAGCUCAGCACAGCUGUAGAUGUGAUAGGGGCCCACUACCCAGGCACCACAACAGUGAGGGAGGCCCUGGAGACGCAGAAGAAGCUGUGGUCGUCAGAGGACUACAGCACCUUCAAUGAUGAGAUUGGGGGUGGCUGCUGGACUCGCAUCCUCAACCAGAACUAUGUCAACGGACACAUGACUGCCACCAUCUCCUGGAACCUGGUGGCCAGCUACUAUGAGGAGCUGCCGUUUGGGAGAGACGGGCUGAUGACAGCUGAGGAGCCCUGGAGUGGCAACUAUGUGGUGGAAUCUCCUAUCUGGAUCACAGCCCAUACUGCACAGUUCACCCAGCCAGGAUGGACUUACCUGCAGACUGUUGGACAUCUGGCACAAGGGGGAAGUUAUGUUGCCCUGACUGAUGGGAAAGGAAACCUCACUGUUGUCAUUGAAACCAUGACUCAUGAUCAUUCAGCCUGCAUAAGACCUCCACUGCCUCCAUUCAAUGUGACAUUCCAGAAUGCAACUUUCCAGAUGAAGGGAUCCUUUGCCUCCAUCAAGGAACUCCAAGUAUGGCGGUCACAGUUUAACUUCAAGACGAAAAAGCCCUCCUUCUUUGAGAAACUAACUCCACUGAAACUAUUGGAUGGAUCAUUCACCUUAAAUCUGGCCGAAGAUGAGGUUUACACAUUAACCACAAUUACAACAGGACAGAGAGGCACUUACCCAGACCCACCUCCUUCAGCUCGCUUCCCUAAAGUCUACAAGGAUGACUUUAAUGUUCGAAACUCUCCUUUCUCUGAAGCGCCAGACUUUGCUGACCAGACAGGGGUGUUUGAGUAUUACAUCAACCUGACGGACCCUGGACCUCAUGUCUUCACCUUACGACAGGUUCUGACUCAGAGACCCAUUACAUGGGCGACAGACGCUGACCAGACCAUCAGUGUCAUAGGAGACUAUCUGUGGCAGAACCUGACAGUUUCGUGUGAUGUCUUCAUGGAGAGUGUUAAUACUGGUGGUGUUUUCAUAGCAGCCAGGGUGGACAAAGGAGGCCAGUCAAUCCGCAGUGCUAAAGGAGUCUUCUUCUGGGUGUUUGCAGAUGGCAACUACAAAGUUACCAAUGAUCUUGCUGGUCAGACUGUACUUGCAGAGGGUCAGUCUGGUACCCGAGCAUAUGGUUGGCACACCUUAUCACUCACUGUGAAAGGCCAGUAUGCAUCAGGGCUGCUGAAUGGAUACACACUGUGGAAGAACGCUGUGGUACUGACUCCAAAGAAUGGCUGGGCUGCCAUAGGAACACACUCAUUUGAACUGGCUCAGUUUGAUAACUUUGCUGUGGUGGCAGAAUAAUGAUUUAAUUGUGAAAUAAUUAUUUUCACAAUGCUGUUAAUAGUAUGAUUUAUUGACUAUAUUAAUGCAUUGAUUUAAUACUUAAGUGCUAAAUGUAGAUUUUUUUUGUCUUUUAUAAAGAUUUAAAAGGUUCCUUAAUUCUUAUGUAAAACAAGAGAGCACCUAAUGUAACAACACACUGAAGCCUUGAAAUUUGCUGUUUGAGUUAUAUGUAAGAUGAUUUUUCUUUUCUUUUAUUUUUUUAAUGGAAUGAAAGGAUUUUAUAAUAAAAUGCUUUUUAAUGGUUAGAAAACAUUGGUGUAGUAAAGGACAAAAUGUACAUACCUCGCUGGACUGAAAAAAAAGGUAUGUAAGUAAUGGCCAAUGAAGUAAUGUGUAAUGUAACCUGAUUCCCAGCUGUUUUGAAAAAGCUUUGGCAUCCCAUUAUACACUACGUGCUCAGCAGUAAAUGGCAGAAGUAAGUUAAUUUGGCUUCAACCUUCACUUGAUUAGAUGUAAGAAGUCUCCCCAAUUCAUACCAGGGCACAAAGUAGGCCACAGAGAUUCAAGGGGGUCUGAAGGGUUGAAACUCGUUAUUCAGAGAUUUAAUUUGUUCCUUAUGACUACAUUUUAUCAAACUGGCCAGAUCAGACUGUGUAUAAAGUCUAUGAUUAAGUUGAAUAAUAG